AUGGUUAAAUUAAACGGGGUAAAAGAUCAAAGGACUACCGAUUCGGCGCCAAGCUUAAGUUCGAGUGGCAGUGGAUUGAUAUGCUUUAUUUGUGGAGCGUUUAAUGCAAACUGGCCUCUUUACUGUAGAUCUCGAAAUUCCGAGAAGAUGCCGUUUUUCCCGUUCUUGGAGUAUCAUGUGCCUGCCGAUGGUGCUCGACCGGUCGAUAAAACAAGCGGACAGGUCGACUCCUGUACGGUGUGUUUUUCCUUUCUCACUCAACAAUGGCAUGCUUUCGAAGAGAGCGCCACUCCAGUUGCAAAGCGAAUUUACUGGCUGAAAAGGUCAGGUCCUGAUUCAAGCGGAGAGAGACCUCAAAGCCCUGUUGAGAACAACCUAGUGAGAGGCGAAGAAACAAUAGCUGGCAAUAGCAACAUCACAGUGGCAGGAGAGAAUUUAUUUGAUAACGAUAGUUCAGAGUUGUAUCCGGCUGUUCAUAGUGAACCGGCGGAAGGGAAUUUUCUUGCCACCACUUCAGACGUGGAAAACGUUAAUCCGGUUUCCGAAGAUUCAGCUGGUCCUUUGGUGGAGAAUUCACCGCUAAAUGCUUUUCCUCGUCGUUCUGUUGGCCUUGAAACUUGUUACAUCUGUAGUAGGAGAAAGCCGAAAGAAUUCAUGAGAAGUGUACACACAAGACCGCAGCUUAAAACCGAGACACCGUUUUAUCCAUGUCUUGCACGACAUGUUCCUCCCGCAAUCGCAAAGCAAAUGGACUACCUGGGUAAAGUUCUUGUCUGUGAAGCUUGUCAAAAGUUUUUAUUUCGUCAAUGGCAAGUCUUUCAGAAGAAUUCCACUCCAUUGAGUGAGAGACAGUACCAAUUAAGAUCUGACCCCUCCCUUCCUAGGGAGCAGCAGUCUCAGCUGUCAACCAUGGUUUGUUUUGUCUGUGGAGUCACACAGCCUGCAACAUCAGGAAGAUUUCUGUAUUCACGAAAGCAUACACCAGGACACCCCUAUUAUCCAUUUCUUAACAAUCUGCCCACUCCAGAGGGAGCCAUGCCAUUAACAAAACAAGGGUUGACAAGGGCUUGCAGCGGCUGUCGUAAAUCACUCCAUAGACAGUGGAAACAUUUUGAAGCUGCUGGGAUUUGUGAAGACAAAAGGGAAUAUAGAAUUCGUAAUGAGGUCAUGGUUCAGUCAGCUGGAGGUACACCAGAAGAGACCGAGACAAUGGCUAAGAUUGCUUGCUACACUUGUGGUCAGUAUUGUUCUGAAUCUGACUUGCGGCCUGUUCACACUAAACCAAACACCAAUCCCCUCAAAGACAACUUCUACUUUCCAUUCAUAGCAUCAUUGACACCUCCAAAAGAUAGCAGACCCCUGGAUGCAGAGGGUCGGACAUUUCUUUGCAAGAAAUGCUACAAACAACUGAGGUCAGAGUGGGAAGAGUUUGAGCAAAGCAAAAAACCUCAAGAUGAACGCUCUUAUGCAGUAAAACUAAGUCCAGCAAUCACAGAGGAUCUGGAGAUUUCUGCAGUUUGUUUUCUUUGUGGUCUCAGUAUUAACUCAACACUUCAUUUUAAGCUGUAUUCCUAUCCACACAGUGGUAAGGGUGUUCAUGAUGGAGGCCCAUUCUUUCCCUUCCUGUCAUCUAGAGAACCUGCUAUCAAUGCUCAACCUAUAGAUGGUGAAGGAACUGCUGUUACUUGUGAGAUUUGUUACCAUAACCUUAUGAUGCAGUGGAAUGCUUAUGAAAGUUCAGACAUUCCUGAGGAAUCCAACAGAUGGCUACGAAAGUAUUCGGUAUCAACCAUAAACUGUUAUCUGUGUUGCAAACAAGUGUCAAGGCUCUCAUCUGGAGCUGUAAAUAAGCAGUUGAUAUCGUUUCCAUCUCAUCACCAGCCACCAAAAAGUGGAAUUUUGGUAAAUAAUGGCAGAGAUGUUGUCCUGUGCAAUAACUGUCAGCGGGAGGUUCAAAGAGACCUGGAAGCAAUGGAUGAUUCUAAUGGUGUAACAAUUAGGCUGGUGCAGGAAUGGGAUAAUCAAGGUGCAGACAAGGUAAGACUUGCUCAGAUGACUUAAACACAGCAUUUUGUUAAGUGUAUUUAAAAUUUUGUCAGGUCUUGUUUGUUAUCCUGUGUGUUGAGGAACACAUUGAGGAAAAAAAAUAGUAAUUCAGGUGAUCCUCACCAGCAGGGUUAGGACUUGGUCUUGAUAACUUAUCUGUUCACCUUUUCUUCAACUUAAAAGUCUUAACCAUAUCUUUCAAAUAUGAUUGAUUCCACAUGGCUGCUGUGCAUCAUAUGCUAAGUGUAUAGUAUUUUUACAUUAAAGAAAGCUGUAAUCUGCCUUUUUGAAAAAAAUCAUUUAUCAUUUCUGAAAUUCUUAUCAACCUUUAUGUUUUUAACUAUAUUUAUUUAAUAAUUAUUUAGAAAUUACAAUCUCUCAAACCCCUUUUAAAGAAGAUUUUUUUUUCAUUUUGAUAGAGUUGAAAGCUUCUCUUAUCAAUAGAUAAGAAGAAUUGAAAAAUGAAAGUUGAAAGAGGAAAUAUUUUGAGUUACAUAACAUUGUAAGAAAAUGGGACAGUAGUAUAGACUAUCAUCGUAAUGAAUUUUUUAGUUUUAUUUUUAGAAAAUUCUCAGUAGAUGUUUCAGUUGAGCUUACAAUAAUUUGGAGAUCAUCAGUAUUUUAAAAAGCUCAGAUUUAAGAUUUGUAAUGAGUGCCAGACAGUAUACAUUGGACAGUAAACUUCAAAAACUAUUUUUUUCUCCUUAAAAAAAAAAAAAAAAGACAAAACAAAGCAAAACAACAAUUGUAGUUUACAAAUGAAAUAUACAUUUCUGUAGGGAUUUUCUUCACCAAAUUGAAUCACUUUUCAAAUAAUUUGUUUUCCCCAACAUUUAUCGCCAAUUUUGUGUACAGACAUUUGAUUAGCCAUCAAUUGAUUUGAAUUUUAUAUUUACAAGACCUUCAUGUGGAGGGAUUUAUGUUUUGCUGACCUAUCACUUUAUUGAAUUUGUGUACUUACAGCUCUUGUGUCUUGUUUGACAAUGUAAAUAUCAUGCCUCGCUAGAGUUAAAAAUUACAGUUAUUUAUUGUUAAACACUGGUCUACUAAGUCAACUUUUGCGAUCUUUGUAUUUAAAUUGAAGACGAUUGUUGAGAAAUACAUAUAGAAACAAUGUUGAGCUUUAAGAACAAAGAGAAGAAUAUGUAUUAGUUUUGAAAUAAUUUUGUGACGUAAAAUUAAUGUAAACAAGUAAAUCCUUGAUUCAUAACUGAACCAAAUUCCCCUUUGGAAAUUAAGCAGUAUCUAGGGAGGACAGUGUUGAAAGUUUCAAUACAAAUUGGUUUCCUUUGUCUCAUUUUGCAAAUUGUCAAAUUGGCUAGACAUUCAUAUUAGUUGUUUCUGUGAUAAGUAUUAAGAAUCUCUAUUGCUUUUUUUUUUUUUACUCUUAAAUUUACAGUGUAAUUCUCAGCUCAACUAAUAUUUAUGCAAGAUGGACUGAAUUUGAACAAAAAUUAGUAAGGAUGAAAUUAUUUUUUCCAGCUGGACACCUUUUUUAAAAUUUUUAUAAUCAGAUUCAUAACACAACAAGUAGAAAUUUUUGUGCUUUAAAGAAGCUAUUUAAUCGGCACAAUCCUGAGUUAGAAAAAAAAGCUGUGUUGAUCGACAUUUUAUAACUAAAUUAGCUUCAACUAUUAGUGCUGAGACAAUAACAUUGAUCAAAAAAUUGAGUCGAAAAGUAGAAUUUUCUUUUUGUAGUAAAUAGAAAUAGUUAAUUAUUUGGUACAAAAUCAUUCUUAUUAGAUUAAAAUACCUGAAAGAAUCUUAGAAUUGUUAGUCUAUUGGAUGAGUAAGAAUUACUAUUUUGGGUAAUUGAAUUUAGGAAUACAUCUGUGUGCAAAUUUAUUGCUCUUAGAUCAGGCUGACCUGACAAUAGAAAAAAAACUCGUCAUUGGAAUAACACAUACUCACAAUGAGCAAACCAAACUGUAUGCUAUCAAAAGAUAAGCUUUGUGCCUCCUUUCAUCUGCUAAUUAUACAAAAUAUUUGUAUGCAUUCCUUAUUAGUCAAGAUAAAUUUUGACUUUGAAAUCAAAGGAUUUCUCUGCUGUAUGCUGUGGCCAUUAAUUAGAGGUCACAAUAGUCAUUGGCUCAGUGGUUUUGGCUGACGUAGUCGCCAUAAUGAAUUCAGUACUCUUUCAGACCUUUGCGGGCAAACAUAAAGGUGGUUGUUAAUGUGGUUGGUUAAUUGUAGUGAUUUGCAUAUGAAAAGAACAAUGAAGAACAGGUGGCAUGUGUAAAAUAAGAAAGCAACACCUAGCCUCUGAUAGAAUCUAGCUUUCUUUUCAUGGAGAUUUAGUAUCUCUGCUCUGGUUUUAUUGUUUUAGGUUUAAUCUUGUGAAAUACAAAAGUUUUCUUGAACAGUCCUUUGUAUUUGUUGAUACAAGCUUGAGAGAGCAUGGUUUAGUUUGGCUUCUCCUACUGAAUAAAGAAGCAAUACAAUGAAUGAAUAAUUAAUAAGAGAAGGUAAUAUUGAGCUUGUCAGUGCAAGAAGUUUUUUUGAGGAAGAAAAUCAGGCUUUAGGAAGGUAUUACCAUUUUUUGAUGUGUUCAUAUUGAUCUUUAGUGCUAAAAUAGUCUCUCCCUGGGGUAAAUUCGACUGUAGUUAUCACUGAUGAGACUCUCAGGGUUACAAUUUGAUAUACUGAAUAAGUUUUGUUGUUAUGAACAAUAGGGAAGCAAUAGGUACCAGAACGAAACCUGCUAAAAUGCUUUGCAUGACAUUAACUGAGAUUAUUGUCUCAAAACGUUUUCAAUUCAUAUUAAAGCUGGUGUUUGGAGAGGACAUAUGGCAGCUUAUGCUAAUCAAGCCAAGCCAAAAUUAGUGCCCAGAGUUGUAGGCUUUAAUUUUGCACCAAGCCGUUAUUAUAUCAGCAUAUAUUAAGCUGCUGAAUAUCAUUAAGUGAAUCACUGACAGAAAUCAGCCUCUAUCAUGAGAAAAGAUUAAUUCUUUCUGCUUAUGCUCUAAUUAGGAGACAUUUCCCAGAGGUAGGUUUCAAUUCUGAGCAGUUCUUUCAUGGAUAAUGAAUAGAAAAAGGCAGUUUAUACAAGAUGUUGUUUUAGGGUAAGAUGGCACAUGUGAAAAAAAAAAACAAUUCAUCCAUGAAGUCAAGUCUUUAGACUUAAAUGGCUUCCAAUAUUUCUGCUAAUAAUAAUUUGCUGAAUUUCCUUCCUGUGAGGAGUGUAAUUGGUUAUAUUAUUUUUAAUUCUAGAAUUUGUUGUUGUGAAGCACAUGUCUUGGGUAUUUCCAACAUGAGGUUCAUCCAUUGUUUGUCCUUCAUCGUAGUUGGUAAUUUAUUUGGGGAAAGCUGAUCAUUCUAAUUGCAAAUUUCUAAAUUAUAGAUAUAUGGUGUGUGUCUCUCAUUGUUCACAAAACCUAGAAAAUAAAUCUUGAUAGCAGCCAACUGCAGUAUUAAAUUCAAAAGGAACAUUAUAAGGAAAUGAUCAUUUGUGAUCACUUUUGCUUGCAAUAAUGAAAACAUAUUGAAUUACAUUCAACCUUCUCCUGACCACUGUGACACAUGAAAGGUUAGUGUAGGUGUAUUUAUUGCAGGGGAAUCGUGGUUGCAUUUGUGCUUUUCCUAGAUAUUAUUGUGUUACUAUCCCAAGGACUAUUUAUCAAUGUGAUUACCUCAAUAUCUUAUAAGGGAUGGCAGAGAAAACAUGUUGUGAUUGAAAGCUGUUGUGUGAGACGAUAUGUUGAUGCAAAAUUAAUGGUCUUCACAAUAAGAAGAUAUUGUGAAUCUCAUACAUAAAAAGCUGAAAGUAGUUAAAUAGGUGUUAAAAUCUCUUCUGGGGCCAAGAUAAGUUGUAUUUUUAAAGUAAUCUAUCCAUUUUUAGGAGAUGCUGUGAAAGAAAAAUUAGAACUUUUCUUCAAUUAUGGAUAUAAGAUUUCUUUUGUCUAUUGUUUGAAAAUCAGAUAUAAAUUUGCAUGAUUAUUUCCACAUGAGUUAAUAGCACUGUGUUAAGCUAUACUGCAUGACUCUCGCCUUAUUUCUGUGUCAAAUAAAUCACAAGUCGUACAUCUGCCUUAAGGCAGGUUGCUAUUUUGGUAUAAAUUUCUUUUGUUUGCGCAAAAGCUUCAUCCAGCAUAUGUGACUGUUUAUCUUUGUACAGUUCAUUGCUCAAAGUAGUUUUACCAGUCUAAAAAUAUCUUGACCCCUAAUACAAUGCUAGUAAAGAUAUGUCAGCCUUUUUCAGCUGAGAUCUAGACAAACUAUCUAUUCCACUAACAUGUGAAAGAUGAUGGUUUUCCUUUUCCUCCAGGGCUUUCAUUGCAGCUUGUCAAUAAUGUUAUUUUGGUGUUUGAAAAAUAGAUCUAUAUUGAUCACUGUCUAGAGAGGAAGUGAGAACUCUUUGCGCUAGCAUACAUAUCGUGAGUCAAGGGUUUUGUAGAGUAUGGAUCACAUACUAAUCUUCUCACUCCCAGGAGAGACUAAUAUGCGACUUCUCACAGUACCAAUACAUUUUCUUAGAGAAAGCUGAUGCGAAGAAAGGAAAAUCUCAACUUGGCUAUGUUGUUUGAUUUAAAAACAAAAUCUUAGCAAUAAAAUUAAUGAGAAAUGUAUGGCAGAAAGUGCAUAGAAUGGAUACUUUGAUGAUAGGAUUAAAAGUCUAAUGUCAAGUUUGUUCUGACAUAGGAACUGAACCACAAAAUAAAAAUAACAUGCUACAAGUCUGAAGGAAGGAAAUAUUUUAUUUUUGAAAUUUGCUACACUAUGAAGUCUGAAGGAAAGAAAUAUUUUAUUUUUGAAAUUUGCUGCACUAUGAUUUGCUGUUAACCCUUUACACCCAAAUAUUUGUAAGCAUAUUCUCCAUAUGAUCUUUAUAUUCUCUGAUACGAUAUAUAUUCUCUAUGUUCUCUGACACGGAGAAUUUGACACGGAAUUCUGACACCGAGAAUUUGUUUAACAAUUAUCGAACAAAACAUUUAACAAUCAAGAGCUUUGUAAAUUGGUAAUCAUUUCCUUUCUUCUUAUGACCUUUGCAUUUGAUCCAAGGGGAAACCUGUAAGGAGAAAUAAGAAACCAGUCACUCUGAAGGGUUAAAGGUUAAACAGGUUUUUGGACAUGAAACUCCUUACAUUAUUAGGGUAAACGUAAACACUGUUCUCACCAAAAACUAUGCAAAUCCCAUUUUGCCAGUGUGAGGACUGCUUUAAGAAUCUGGUGUUAUUUUCAAAAAGAAAUAACCUACAAUUUGAGAAGUUUAUCAAUUGUGAUCACCUGUGUGCUUAAUAUUGUAUUAAAUUAAUAAAGAGAAAUUACAUUUUAAUCAUACUUGACAGUCAGAUGGCUGAGCUCAUUCCGUUUUGUGUCUCUUUGCUUUUUUUUUAACUCUUAGAAUCCUCUGGAGAGUGAAGUCAAAGAUUAUAAAUCUAGCCAAGGACGUGUCAUAGUCAUUGACUCCAGUGAGGAAAGUGAAGGUGAUGGUAGCUCGUCCCAGCUGCAAAACAAGAAAGUGAAAUUGGGCACCAACAGUUCAAAUGCGUCCCCCAUGCACUAUACAACAUCUCUGUCACCUGGAUUGCAACCUGUUGUACACAAUAAAGAUUCUACUCCUGCAACAACUGACUCGUCAAUGUCAGGAGGUCAAGCUAGUUUUGCAGCAGCACUAAGAAAACUAGCAAAACAAGCUAAACCAGUUCCUGCAUCAGCCUCUUCUCCCACUCCAUCGGAUAGCAGCUCUCAUUCUGUUUCACCAAGUGUCUCUGCUAUCAGCACAAAAAGCACAGGUAAAUGAUUUUGUCAACAUUUAGAGCCACAAGAUUCUCUGAUAAAGGUCACCUUUAUCUGAUGUAUUUUCUAGAAUCAACUAGGAAAAAAAUUGAACAAAAUAAAGAAUAGAAUGUGGCUCCUUAAAAAAAAUUAACAAGUUAAAAUUUUUGGCUGGCAUUAAUUUAGUGUUUUGACUCUCUUCAUCUAUAUUUUUAUUAAAAUUGUUUAACUUAUUAAUCAAUUCUAUUCUCAUUACCUGAUUGCUGGAUUAUACCUUAAUAUCAUAGGGAGAGUUAACAUGUUAAUCAUCUGUCUUUGUUAUCAGGUAUGUCUCCAUCAAGAACCUCACCACCAUCAGGACAAACAGAAAUUAAUACAAAGGAUAAAGGAGGUGGUCAUCAAAGUCCAGGAGUAAUUGGUGUCCGCACACCCCCUGUUCCGUCGGCCCCUGUUGUGGAUCCAGAUCUCAGAAAUCACCGGCCAGGUAGAGUGAAAUGUUCUUUUUGAGAUCACACUUUAGGAUUCAAGGGUUAUUUUUUUUUCCUUUGAAAGGCAAAGUUUGCUUGGCCAAGGGCCAUUAAGUGCUAGAGCCCAUCCUGUGUUUAGUAGAGCAAAGUAUUGUGCAGAUCGCACUUUGGGAUUCAAGGAUUAUUUUUUUCCUUUGAAAAGCGAAAUUUGCUUGGCCAAGGACCCAUAAGUGUUAAAGCCCAUCCUGUGUUCAGUAGAGCAAAGUACUGUGAAGUGCUGUCACUCCCUCUAGAGGGGGAUAUUGAUCUAUUUAUUCUCCUCAGUGAAGAAAAGCAUGUUAGAACAAAGUGUGCUACCCAAGAACACAAAAAAGUCAAGCAUUCUAGCUAACUGCUACACCAACAUGUCUCCCACAGAUUUCUUUCUUUAGCCUCCUGUUUGCUUUUUAUACAAUGUAAUUUUAACAAAUAAAGGCAUCAUGUGGUGCAAACUAUGAAGAUAUAUGAGACAGUACUCCCUUUCCAGUUUGAUUUUAAUUUCCUUAUUAAAAGAAAAUUGUUUUAAAAAAGAAAUCAGAGGCUUCAGGAGCAGAGCAUUAAAACUGCAAAUAUCCCAAUCCAACUUAGAAUGACAGCCUUUGUGAAAAAUGAUUUUUUUAUUUCAGCUGUGUAAAUUUGUUAUGAAAAUCCUUUUGACUUAAUUUUGUUCUUCAGUUUUACUUUUAACUGAUUUCGAAAGGAACAAAAUUUUUGAUACACACCAUAAAUGUUUAUGUGCCGCAAAAAUAAAACAACCUGUGAUGAAGAUAAGAAGGAAAAAAUUUAAAAAACUUUAUGCCCACAAGCCCUUCCCUCUUCCUGUGUACAAGGAAGAUUUGCAAAUGUAUUACAAGUGAUCCCAUUAAGUAACAAAUGUCACACUUGUGUUAAUUUGAAACAGGAGGUUUUGUCAGCUUAAUAAUGCUAUUUCUACAAGAUAAUUAUCUAAUAGAUGUAGAUAGAACAAUUUGUACAAUAACAAAAUUGUCAUUAACACAUAGUAUGUUAAUGGUGUGUUCUUUGAUUUUCUUUUAAAGGCGAGCAAACACGUGAAUCAAACAGGGGUCCCCACAGGCCAGAAGUUGGCCACCCUCGCAUGGGCCGUGAAGUGAUGCCAGGUGUCUUUUCUACAGUUCCCAGAGGUAGGGCUUCCAUGAUAUUAUAAAACAAAAGCAAGUAGUUAGUUUUCUCUCUAGAGUGUUCCAGGUGGCACUGUAAGUACUGUGUAUUUAAUUUGAAUUGAACUGCAUAGGACAUAGGAAAAAAAAAAUGGUUUGAUUACAAGGAAAUUCUGAUCUUGGUUAAUUUUGCAAAUCCAUGUUGUUUCAGUGUCUGGUUGAAAUAAGAUUUAAUGUUCUAGAGUCUACUGUAUGGGGAGAUUUAAUAGUGAUUUUGUCUGUUUUCCUUGUUGGGAAGGGAGUUAUUUGAAUAAUAAGCCUUGCACUUUUUAGCCUUGUUUAUUUUAAUUUACCCAAAACCACCUGUCUGUAUGUGACUAUGUUCUCUUCAUAACAUCAACCAUGAGUACUGUGCGGUCUUGCAGCAUGUCGCACAGCUAGACCUUUUAUCCUGUCUUUCAGUUUUUUAAUCAACAAGGGUAAGCAAAAUAUGUACUGCCAGUAUUCUCAUGUUGCAGAUCACACAGAAGUUUUUUUAAAAGCAUAAGUUAAUGAAUUAUUUGUACAAGAGACAAAAUGGUGUGAGUCACCUCGAGGUGGAUUACAAAAGAAGUCUCCAGUGUUUUUUGAAUUGGAAAGGACAUGGAAAUUGGUUCAAAAAAUUUUGAUUUCACUAUUCAUGAUCAGACAUUCCUCUUGUGGAAAUUUCAGUUGCCUAGCAAAGUGACAAAGGGGUAGAACUGUAGAAAUCUCCAAACAAAUUCAAACCUUAUGCCUUUCAUUGUUGUUGAAUAAUUAAUAAGAUCAGUGAAUUGUGGUGGAUUUUCUCAAGACAUUUAAAGGUGAUUUCAGUCAGGUUUGAUCCAGGUUUUUCAUGUGAACUGUGGCACAUACAGCAGAGAACAUUUUCCUUGUGUUUAAACAAGGUAACAUCCCACUUAGGUUUGUGUAAAAUUUGAAAAAUAUUUAUUCCUGUUGGGUAGGGGGUUAUUUAUAAUUGCACAAGGUUUUCAUAUCAAAAGGAUUGGAACCAUUAAAUAUCAUAUAGUGUGUUGUAUUUCUUUGAGGUUUCCAGGUUAUCUUUUAGGGUUAAAUUCAACUUCAACCUAUUCUGAUUUUCUGAAAGAUUGUAGCUUUGAUCUUAGAGGUUCAGACUUUUGUUUCUCAUAAGUAGAUGAAACCAAAACACAUUUUUAUUUGCCUUGAAUAGCAGGUCAUUGACAAUAAUGCUACUUAUCAAUGUUCCUACAAGAAACUCUUUCACUUCAAGAUAUAUGUUGCAAUUCUGAUGAAAAAUUAUUUUGUGUCAAUUCACUGUCAAUUAAUUUGAGCGAUCAAAGGGAAGUCAUUUUAAUCUACAAACAGAUAUCUACCAGUAGUUGAUUCAGAUUAAGAAAACCUGUUUAUUUAAUGCUUCAUUUAAAUUUUGUCAUGAAAAGAAAGCACAAAUCCAUCAAAACAGAAACUUGAAUUUAUCUCCUUUUUGGCUUUUCUGCUUCCCCAGAAACAAAACAAAAUAAAAUGGAUAUUUUGAUGGAGUAACUUCUUUUGUAUCUUCUACAUUCAAUAUUGAAAUAUUUGAGAUUGAAUCACAGAACAUGGUGUUUGUGGGUAUUCCAUCAAGAUAAGAAAUAAUACCCCUGGCUUACUUGAUUCAGAAUUUUAUUUUGUUUAAAGCCAAAUCUUGGUUUCCUUGGGAAUAUGGACAUAAUCUUUAUUGAAGCAUUAAAAUAAAAACAAGAGUGUGUUUGUCAAUUACACUUGUUUAUGGAAAGCGGAUACAUGUUUGGCUGAAUUUUAAUUUUUGUCUUUGAUAUAUAUAUAUAUAUAUAUAUAUAUAUACAUAUAUAUAAUAUCUAUGUAGUGUAUGAUGCAGUUAAAGAGUAAUUCCAGGCUAAGUUUAUUUAAACUUGUCUGGUUUAUGUUUUCUUUUGUUUUAGAUAAUUUAUAUUACCCUAAUCCUUAAACAAAAAAUAUAAAUUAAGACUAGCUUGAUAUAAUUUUAUUAUGGGAUUCCUUUUUAUCCUGAAUUUUUUUUAGGUCACAGAAAGAUCUCAACAUACAUACAUACAUACAUAAUUAUAUAUUGAGAUGGGGAAAAAGCAAAUGGACUAUACUUUCAUCCCUACAAGCCUGUUUCAUUAUUACUCACUCAUCAAGGGGAUUUUAUAGACAUACUUACAUACAUACUUACAUUUAUACACAUACUUACAUACACAACUUUUAUUUACUCUCAAAUCUCAGGGUAGCUAUUUAACAUUAGCUAAUAUCUUAGAGAGAUCAAAAAAAAAAAUGUUGAAAAAAAAAAACCAUGCGGAAAAAAAAAAAAAAUAUAUAUAUAUAUAUGUAUAUAUGACCUAUAGCUAUAUAGCUGUCUAAGACCAAUAUUCUUCUCAAGGUCCAAAACAUGAAAUAAAUGUGUUUUUUUUAAUAUAUAAAAAGGAGCAUUAACUUGUACAUGUACAUUUAAAUCUGUUCAGUGCAAUGGGUGCAAUGGCUUUUUUUUUUUUAUAUAGAUGAACACUAUUUUUUCUCACAUAAGUUCUAAAUGUUACUAAAAUAUGAGAUUUUAUUUCCACCAAUGCAGCAAAAUGGUUAAUAUAAUCUAUUAUUCCUAACUACCUUCUUUGGUAUCUUUUUAAGGCCAUUCAGAGGUACCCAUGUUGUCAGAGCACUACCCUGGUCCAGAACCUCCUCAUGCUCCUGUAGCCUUUUAUCCUGCUUAUGGGGCUAAACCAGAGUUGCCAAUAUAUGUCCCAAGAGGGCCCCAUCCACCUGGGCCCCCUCCUUUGUUGGCCUCUAAACGAGAUGGUCCAGAAGCCCAUAUAUUACCAGCAUUUUAUCCAACACCAUACCCUCCAGCGGUAAGAUAAUUAUGAUUAUGAAAAUGAACAUGAUUCUCCAUGAUUAUUCUUUGUAUAACAAGAAAAUUAAUCAAAUUCCACUUUUGGAAAUGAGUGAAAUGGUGCUGUUUUCACUGAACCACUUAUUUAUCAACAGGUCAUUAUUUGACUUAGUAAACAAGUCUGUGUAUGAUUGUUACCUUGGUGAGAGAGAAAAAAAUUUCUUUGUUGGUAGAGCUGUAUAGUUAGGUUCCCUGAAGCUAAAACUCUGAUGAAACUGACAAAGAGAGCACACAAAGCAAUAUGAUUGACAUCCUCUCGGCAACAUCCUGGUGAUAAUUUUUAUAUCACCAGAUUGAAUGUAAUAAAAUUAUCUAGUUUAUUUGUAUAGUGAAUGAUUCAAGGAUCCAUUGUCAAUUGCUUUAGAUAUCAUUUAACUUCACCAAAAAAACCAUGAUCACUGUGAUAUCAUUAAUCUACAAUUUGAAUGAAAUGUCCCCAAUUGUUUCCCUGCAGGUUUUGGAUCCCCAUGACGUCCGUUUUAGCACCUGGAGGCAGCAAAGAGCAGCAGAACAUUUACGUCAACAGCAUGAGCGUCAUUCUAUUCUGCCAGAUGGUUCAGUGCUUAUAGAGCCUUAUGACCUUCCUAUUGCUCAUCCUGGUGAUGCAGCGCGGCAUCUACCUCCGGGAAGUGUUGAUCCAUUUGUUCGAAAGAACUCACCACAUUUAAGGCCAGGGGACAAUCCUGAGUCUCGUGAAACUAGGAAGCAGGUGUGAAAUUACAUUCUUUUAUUUUGUUAAUCAAUAAGUUAAUUUCCUGAAGAACUAAUUUAAUUAACCUUUUUACCCAACAAUAAGUAUUCAUCUUCUUCAUACUCUUCUUUGUACAUUUUCUUUGUUACUGACAUAGAGAAUUUGUUGAACAAUCCAAGUUUAUUACUUAGCAAUCAUUUCCUUGAUUCUCUUUAUCUCAAUGGAUAAUUCAGCAGAAUUACUGUAAGGAGAAAUUAGAUGCUGGCACUAUUAGGGUCUAAAGGACUGAAAAGCAAUGGAAGUUACGUAUAUUUCAAACCUUGAUGAAUUCUCAUCAUCAUCAUCAUCAUGGUUGACAUCAUCCCCAUAUCACUACUACUACAUCUUUACCAUGCUCUUACAUGUAUGUGUUAUGUUAUAGACAGGACCAGAGCAAUAAGUUCAACUUAGAAUCACCAUUUGUUUGAAAUUCUAAUUUGGCAGAUUCCUCUUCUUUGUUACAUGUGGGUACAAGUCAUUUUCUUGUUCAGAAAGAGCUACAAAACAUUGUUUCAUUCAUUCCCUCUCUGAAUAUUUAGGAAUCUAUCGAGUCUGCAAAGAAAGACAAAGAAAGUGAAAGUGGCCCAGGAGAGCCAAAAAGAAGUACUGCAGAAGCACCUCUGCAGCGGGGUCUCUACCAGGAGCACAAACCAGGGUCCUGCCCUGUUCAUGGGCAUGGCACACCUGGUGGAGCACCGUCAUCAAGCUCAUCUGAGCCACCUAGGAGUCAUGGGCUUCAUGUUCGAGGUGACCCCAUAAUGGUGUCCAAGAUGACACGACCUGGUGAAUACAAAAGGAUGUUUCUCCCAACACAUGAGGUGCCUGUUCUUCAUCCAUACAUGGUGCACCCCCCAAGGGAUGCUCCUUACCCUCUACACCCCUUGGAUGAGAGGCAUGUUGAAUUUGUCAGAGAACGAGAAAGGCAGGUUAGUAUACUCCAGUAACUGAUCUCAACGUUUCUUUCCCCAUCUUAAACCUUUUCACUUGAGAUCUAAAAAUGACUUCCCCAUACUGCCUGUCAUACAUUUCCAGCCUAUAAUUUUAGCUUUGGAAAUCUGGUGCCAGAAUUGAGCAAACUCCCUUGGUUGGUUUUUCCUUUUCUCAUUACAUUCCUGCUUGACACUGUAUUGAUAUGCCUCUUGCUUUGUAGGAGUUCCUGUUGCAUGAGCGGCUGAUGUUUGAGCAGAAAGACAACCUCCGUGCACCUGGAGAGGACUGGCCAAGACAUCACCUACCACAAGAAAAACCUGGAGGUUUAGGUGUUUUGCGUUAUUCUCAGCCACAUCACCAACAGCGCUUAGACACCAGCAAGGUAAUGUCUUGCAUUUAAUACUCUCAGUUGCUUCUGACUCAAAUCCCAGAGUGCACUCCUUCUGUGUCUACAAGAGAAUUGACCAAAUCCAGACAUUUUUGUGCUGAAAAAAGCUAACUCAAGGACAGUUUUCCUCAAUUCCUAAUUGAUUGAUUUUUUAAUUUUCCUCAUCAGAGCCCCCUUUCAGUUGACCCUCACAAAGGGGACCCAUCCUUGGCUCGGAUGGCAGCCAGUAGGGAGGCAGAUCACCUGUACCGGGGCUUUCCUUUUCAUCCUUUUCACCAUCCACCUCCUGAUGGAAAAGGAUUUGGUGAUCGUUAUGGAAAUGAAUUAGAUCUUCGACAUCUUCAGCCUGAUAAUGGGAGAAGAUCUUCUGUUGGACCAUCAGAGCGGCCAGGGUUGCAUGACACACCUUUCUUAGAUUCCCAUCCAUUUACCCGUGAAGGUUUUCAUGGAAAUUUGCCAAGGGUUGAAAGAGGUGGUGGUGAAAGGGAGUGGCAGCGACGAGACUUGGCAGUACUUGUCAAUGGAGAAUACAAACCUGCAGGUAAAGACAACUUGCCAUAAUUUUUACAGUGUUUCAUAUGGGCACAAGUAGAUUUCAUCAGUCCUCAAUUCAAAAUGUGACAGAGAACAUGAAAGUGAAUGCCGGUGUACUAUUUUUUUUUGCUAUAAAUGUCAAGCAUCAACCCUUAACCCUCUAACUUCCAUGACUGACCAAGACAGAAGUUCUCCUUACAGAAUCAGAGAGAGGUCUGCUUAUUGAAUCACAGAGAGAAUCUCUUACAUAAGCUUAAAUGUUUGUAAUUUUUUUUCAAAAUAGCAUCUAGUGGAAAAUUGAUCAUGAAAUCUGGCUUUUAUUUUCCUUUUGGUUAUUUCCUUUGUAUUUUAGCCUACAAUUAAUGACAUUUUUCAUCAACACAAGGGUAACUUAUACAAUGUAUACAGGGAAGGUUAUGUGUGGGUAACUAUUUUAAUUUUGAAAUUGUAAAAUGAAAAUGCUGUCCUCUACAUAAUUUUGGUAGAUAUGCAGAGACCAAAAUCAACUGAAAGGUCAUCUCCUAGCAGUCUGGCCAAAAGAAUUAAAGUUGAGAGAGUGGUAGAUGAGCUUCCUCCCAAGAUUAGACAUGAUCCUUCUAAACUAAGGUUUCUUGAAGGGCUAGGGCUUGUAACUGUGGGAAAGAAAAAAGGUAACAACUGUUAAUUUGAUUUCACCAAGUUAUGAUGAAGACUAUUACUUUGAGCUGUAAUAGUGACUGGUACCUACCAGUAAUUUCUCCUUACAUUAUCAUCCCUGAAUCAAACAUUUAGGUCAUGAGAAUAAAGGAAAUGAUCACUAAUUAAAUGAUUGAUUGAUUGUUAAACAAAUUAUCCUUGUGAGCACCUUAGGAAAUGUAUAGAGAACAGUACUGAGAAUUAAUGUACACUGGUGUUAGGGUGUACAGGGUUAAGAGAAGUUCACCACACACUAACCCAGCUUUUACUUGUCUUUGUGUUACUCUGCUUAGUUUAUUUAUUUCAUAGUUCCAUUUAUGGAUUUAUCCCUUAUUGUCUCAAUUUUUCAUAGAAUAAUCCAAGAAUCUUCCCCUGUCACAUAUCAGAUAAUCAGCUGUUUAAAUUCUAGCUGUCGUGUGGAAAAUAGUUCCUGUUGAGAAUUCAAGCCAUUUGCUGAUCUAUCGUGUGUAUUUUUUUUAAAAAGUGUUUGAAGCAUAUGGCUGUGAGGGGGAAUGACAUAUUUCUAUUACAAUUCCAGUAGGCUGGAGACACUUGCUUUAAAAUUUUGAUGCACUUUGAGAUGAAAUCUCCCUUUGUAAAAUAGAAGUGAUAAUUUUUAGAUUUCUAUAGAUUUUUUGCUUAUUCUUAUGUACAUUAAUUUUUUAUUGCAGAGUUGAGCCAAGGAGGAACAAACUCCAAGAGAAAGUAUGAUGGUGAUCAUGAUAAUGAAAAUGGCAUUGAUUCCCCCAACAACUUGAUGAACGACAGUAAUGUUAAUGGCAACAUUGAUGAAAACAUUGAAAACACACCACCAUCUCUUCCCAGUCCAGAGGUUAGUCCAUUAACAUCAUUUAGCUAACAUCAGACUGGUGAAAAGUCUAUCAUUGGGAAAUAUUGAAGAAUAUUAUGUGUUGGUGCGAAGAUAUGAACAAUGUUAUUUUGAGUUUUUUUGUGAGAAAAAGUAACGUAUUUUAACAGAGCACAGCAAGUUCUGUGGGAAUACCAGUUCUCAUAAACAGCUACAGAAAGAGGGUUAAUUUGUCGUUGCUUUUGGGGAUAUGGAAUUAUGCCAGUUGGAUUGUGCAUUAAUUUGGUGGUGUUGUGACACAAAUGUUCUGAGUCAUCUCUUUGUUCAGGAAAAAGAUUUGGCAUCUGUAUGGGAAAAAUGAAUUAGUAUUCUUGAAAAUAUUUUCAGGAUACGAAAGGAUUGUCCUUAUUCCUUCUAAUUAUUGUUAAUGGCAAAUCGGGCAUUAUUUUUUAUUUGAGAGUAAAAAAGAUAAUUACUGAAAUUUCAAUUUUCCAUCAACAGAAGCUUGACUUUAUGGCUAAGCUUGGUCUGUUACCCCCCAGCAAAAGACAAGGUUUGUAUCUCACUUGUUACCUUUGGGACCUACAGUCAGGUUUAUUUAAGUUAUCCUUUCAGUCAAAAUGUGUUUCUAAGUUUGAAACAAGAAUUUGCCACUAAUAAAAGCCAGCAUUGCAUGUGCAUUUUUUUUUGUAGCAAAUGAUAAAUAAUUGAUCAUAGUUAUUUCAUCAGUUUAAAUGAUGGGUAAUGCUCACUCAAAAAUAUGAAUUGUAUCACUGUUCCUGCAAUGAUACAGUCUGGUGAUAAUAGGUUAGGUUUUUAAUGACUGACCCCCACAGCUGACAAAACUUAUCUAGUCAGUUUCUUUAAAAAGAGAAACAACUUUAAGAAUGGCAACUGCUCCCUGAAUAGGAUGGUAAUUGCAGUUGGCCACCAAGUAGUUCAUAAGGUUAACCUGUCUAUUCACUGGAACCUAUUUAUAAUUUUGGGCCAGGAAAGGCAUUGUUAGAGUCAAGUUGCCGUUUGAUGUGGUUGAAAUAAUUCUUGUUAAGCACAACACUCUGAUAAUUAAUUAAUUUGAAAUCAACAGUUAUGACAGGUGAAUUUGAGUUGCAAUGUUAGCUUGUGCCAUGUAUGAUCCCUGGAAUGUGACUACUUAAUAUUGAUUACUUCCCUGCAGAGCUGGAGCAAACAUACGAGGUCAAAAGAAAUGAGAGGAAGAACCGGAAAAGUAGGGGCCGUCCUCCAAAAAGAGCACGAAGGGAUAAAGAGGUUAGUGUGUCAUAUCAAGCUAAGGACAUAAACCCAGGAUCAAUACUCAAUAUAGUUGCUGGACUGAUUGAUUCUGGAAUUUAAUUUAAUUUUCUGAUAUGAUUUUAUGUUGGGAUUUCUUUGAAAAGGGCCAGUUUGGUUUGUGUUAUCUGCAGUCCUUUUUUGCAUUGAUCAGCUCUGUUUCCAGACAGAAAAAAAAGAGGAAGGUUGUUAUUGAUUGACUGUGUAAUCAUUCUGUUUUUAUUCUAGAAUGACAGAGAUUCCGACAACAGCCAAGGCUCUUUGGACCCAGACACAAUAACUGGACCAAUAACUCGACAAAAGCAACAGCUACUACAGGAGCAGGAACGAAAAGAAAACAGAAACAAAGAUCUAGAAAAACAACAACCAGUUAAUAUAAAACUUGAGGAAGCUGAAAAAAGGAUUCCUUCAUAUCCAUUUGAUAGACCCUUUCGUCGCAGCAGUGAUGAAAGAUUUCGACAAAGUCCUACAAUGAGCAGUAGUUCUAACCAUGUCCCCCCUCGUCUAACUCUUCAAUCACUCACAAAUAUGGAAGAUCCUUUUAGCAACAUCAGUGCAUCACAAUUUCGUCCGCCAUAUCUUCGGCAUACAGGGCUCUUGUCAAUCUCACAUGAGCAUGGGAAUGUUGCCUCUCAUGCCAGGGCUGACCACAGAACUGUGACACAGCCUAUUCGACCAGAGCCCCUGAGAAGUGUAGGGAUCACUUUUAGUGAACAAGAGACAAGAGAUUACCUCUCACAGCACCCAACCAAUAUACAAGGACGUCAGUUUGGACCAUUACCCUUGUCAGACCAGCAGAAUAGCAUUAGAAAUAAACAAGGAGAACCCUCCAAGGUGAGGAUAGUUUUGUUCCUGCCUUGAUGAGAUUGAAGAUAUUGUGGCAUAACCCUCUCAAAUUGAUUAUUGCCAUCCAAAAUCAUUGAACAAAAAAUUUGUUCUGUGGUACACUUUUUAAUAAAAAAAAAUACUCACAUCUGUGUUGCAGCCUAAGAUAGAUUUGUGACACAUGACCAGGUGAUUACACUUUUUGUAAUACUUUUAGGUAAAUUAUCACAGGGUUUUAAUUUUUAUUUCUGAUGAUGUGACCCUAAAAUCUUUUAUCAUCAACAUACACUUAAUAUAACGUUUUCUUAACUGUUGAAUCUUGCUGUAAACUCAAUUUAUCAAGCAAUUUGUUAAAGAAUCUUGUGAAGCUUUUGGUUGUAAACAGCUAAGCAAUGCACUAUUGAGGAAAAACGAUGGGAGAGGAAGUGUACCCAUAUAGAAGAGACCAAACCUAAGUUUAGGAGUAACUUGGUGUGGUUUCUCAACUUUUACUUUUAGGAUGAGGGGCAGCAGUCAUCAUCCCAAGGAAAGGAAGGGUACAAGUGGUCUGGAAUUGAGGCUGUCAUGCAAUCCUAUUACGCACAUGCGGCAGGUAGGAUUCUUCUUGAAAUUUAACACACAAAGUGUUGUUGAAUUGAUGUAAAAUCACCCUCUGAAUUGGCUGAGGUGUAAGAUCACUCUUGGAUGGCUGGUUUAGCUGUAGUUAGAGUUGGAGUUGUAAUCACAAUUGGAGAAUGCUAUUAUUUAUUUAAAAUUAAACUGAUUAAGUCCUAGCAGAUUCUUCUCUUGAUAGGAUCUGUUUACACUAUAACCCAAGUAAACUAAGAAAUAUUUCAAGAUGACUAAAAUUUGAAUAUUUCAAGUUACAAAGUAAUCUAGCAAUACUGUUGAAGUAAGAACUUUGGUUUGAAACAAGCAAUAAAAGGAAAAAACACAGGUCUGAUAAAGAAGUUUAGACCACAACACACACCCCCCCCCCUUCCCCAACUCUUUCCCUCUUGAUCUGACCCUAAAACUGGAAUAAGCUCUUCAAUGUGAGGCACAUGGCUUGUGCACAGUCUUUUCCUUUUUUUUAUUUCGUACUUAUGUUGUCUUGUUUAUCUUCCAACUCUUUUGUUGCAGAGAGGUAUUUGGAAAUAGGUGUUCUCCAAGACAAUGCUGAUUUGUUAAAAUCCAAAAAUGUUUCCCUGAAUGAUGAGGCACAGGCUCUUAAUCUCCAAAUGACGGUAAGUUAGUAGCUGGGCAUGGAGCAAUUUUUAAUGAAGGGUUAAAAGUAAUUGCAGGCUGCAUUGAGUUUAUUUUACCACCCACUGUGAUUGGUCUUGGAGACUUGUUCAAUUUUCUCUAUUAUCCAGAAGCAAUGAAACAAACUGAAAACUUGAUAGCUUUUAUGCAUCUAUUUUGUUUUGAGUUCUUGUUGUCUGAGUGCUAAUUGUCUCAAGCUUUGUUCUAAUUGUUUGUUAUAAUUUUGAUUGAUUUGAUUUUGGUUUUAUGACGCUUAAUUUAAAAGUGCUCCAAGACACAAUAUAUAUGCACCUCUUGGAGAUAUAUUAACCAUUUAAAGAUGUUAAUAAUUAUGAUUCUUUAGAAGGUUGAUAGAAUGAAAUUAAUCCAACACAAUUCGACUCUUUCUUUGUGUUGGCCUUGUUCAGAUGAUUAAACUGCUUAUUCCAUGAUGGUUGCUCAAACACUGUGGGUUGGUUAUUUACACAAGGUUAAACCCAAACUGCAAAAGCAGUGCACCUCAGGGAUUCCUUCCUUUAUUAGCUUCCAGCUCUCUUGACACAGUUCACAAAAAUUAAUGUUCAGAUAAAGGAUUUGGCUCAAUUAGAGAUGGCUUAGAAUGCAGUUUUGAUAAACAAUGGUUAAACUUUGUUGAAAUAACCAGUCCUGUGAGUUCAUCAUUACAGUAUUACUAAUUCGUAUAUUUUUGGCCUUCUACAUCCUGCAUCAAGCACAUGUUAUCAUAUAGAUUUCAAAACAUUUUGAGGAUGCUUUACAGUAGCCUUUGUUUUGCCUGCUAUUUUCUCUGAUGACCAUGCUUAAGAGAAUUGAUUGGAAGUACUUAAAGCAUUUAAUUGUUCUGCCAUAUCUGUUACGUAAACUUCAUUCAAUCCAUUUAAAGAGCAUUUUUUCUCUUCAGAAUCUUGUCCAAGCCAAGAAGAAACUUCAAGAAGAAAAGAGCACACUAAGAGAGGGUCUAGAUAGACUUCAUUUCUUUAUUGACAGUUUAAAAAGCUAA